UUGGGAUACUUUGUUUUGGAGCACAUUUUUGACUGAAUCAUGAUUUUUAAGGCUUAAAUUCACGUGCUUGGCAAGGUCUGAAACUAAGAACUUCGGUCUCUCAAAGUGGACAAAACUCACCUUAACCAUGGAAAAUGUUACUCAAGACAACCAAACCCUUGGAGUUUGGACCGAUUACAGCAUUAAGUACAAAGUGGCCAGCAUAUUGCUGGUAACACUAAUUUGCGGGAUCGGUAUAGUCGGGAACGUGAUGGUCAUCUUGGUAGUUCUCACCACCAAGCACAUGCGGACACCCACCAACUGUUACUUGGUCAGCCUGGCAGUGGCUGACCUGAUGGUCCUAACUGCGGCUGGGCUACCAAACAUCACGGAGAGUUUGUACGGUGAAUGGGUGUACGGCUACGUCGGCUGCGUCGGUAUAACUUACUUCCAGUACUUGGGCAUUAACGCGUCCUCAUGCUCCAUCACCGCCUUCACCAUAGAGCGCUACAUCGCCAUAUGCCACCCGAUCAGAGCGCAGUUCCUGUGCACGCUCUCCAGGGCGAAAAGAAUAAUAAUAGUGGUCUGGGCUUUCACGUCUCUGUACUGCCUCAUGUGGGUUUUCCUAUCCGACACUAAAUUGGUAGUUUAUGACAACGUUUCCCUACUCACCUGCGCCUACAAAGGGGACAGAACUAUGUACCUGCCCAUCUACUUCGCUGAUUUCACAAUUUUCUACGUGCUGCCGCUAAUACUCGCCACGGUCCUGUACGGGCUGAUCGCCAGGAUCCUGUUUCUCAACCCGCUGCCCGCAGACCCCAAAGAGAACACUAAGAAGUGGAAGAAGGAGUCGUGCCAAGGCAGCAGGAUGAUGAGCACCAAGAACUCCUCGUGUAGCACCACCGCUGCCUCGCGCAGACAGGUGACCAAGAUGUUGGCGGUGGUGGUGGUUCUGUUUGCGUUGCUGUGGAUGCCCUACCGGACCCUGGUUGUGGUCAACUCCUUCCUGGGAGACAAGGGCUACCAGGACCUUUGGUUCCUGCUCUUCUGCAGGCUCUGCAUCUACCAGAACAGCGCCGUCAACCCUGUCAUCUACAACGCCAUGUCCCAGAAGUUCCGUGCUGCCUUCCGGAAGCUGUGCCACUGUGGGCCGCAGCGCUCUGAGAAGCCGGCGUCCUAUAGCGUGGCCCUCACCUACAGCGUCAUCAAGGAUUCGUCCAAUGGGGAGAGCCCAGACCACUUUACUACGGAGAUGGAUGACCUGAACAACCCCGCUAACCAGUUUUUGCCCAGAAACAAAAGGAUGUCAUUCGAGGACCCCUCCCUGUCUGCAAGGGUGGACCUUGGCAGUGCCUGAAUCUUAAGAAUUUGGUCACGUAUAUUUGUGUUUUCCUAGUGGGUGUUUAUUCACAGGUAGUCUUGCUAAAUGUAAAGUGUGGACACACGCCUUUAUGUCCAAAUGUUUCUCUGUUCUGUUUAAAAGAUGAACAAGAACAUUUGAAGACUUACAUCAUUUGGAAAAGAUAAUAGCAUAAUAGUUUCUCUUCUACCAAACACUACCUGAACCGAAACAGUACCUAAACUCUAUCUGUACCCUAACAUUACCUGAACCCUAACAUUACUUGUACCCUAACAUUAUCUGUACCCUAACAUUGCCUGUACCCUAACAUUACCUGGACCCUAACAAUACCUGUACCCUAACAAUACCUGUACCGUAACAUUACCUGUACCCUAACAAUACCUGUACUCUAACAUUACCUGUACUCUAACAUGACCUGUACUUUAAUAUUACCUGGACCCUAACAUUACCUGUACCCUAACAAUACCUGUACCGUAACAUUACCUGUACCCUAACAUUACCUGUACUUUAACAUUACCUGUACUCUAACACUACUUGCACCUUUAUCCCUUACCUUCUGAGCAUGAGAGUGCAUUAUUCUCACUGUAUAUAUCGAUCCAUCUCAGCGUAAACAAAGCACAAUUCUGAGGUUAGCCGUGGUGCAGACCUUGACUCUGAAACGUGCUGGAGCAGAGUCUGGAUGUGCAUGGUGGCUACAGGGGCAUUGUGAUACAUUGCCCUGUGGAGAUUAGAGACCACUCCAUCAAAACUGGAACCGGCCACGCGUCACAUUUCCCUCAUGGUUUUCAGCUCUCUGAGGGCUAUCAAGCCCACACUAUAAUGGCUCCAUCCACCGCUUUGGUCCUCCAGCACAUUCCCAGCAUGCUCAGCAUCGUGCGCCAAUGUCCGUCCUGCACCAGCAGAGACAUGAUGGUCAGAGAUGACUGCAGUGCGCCCCUGACAGUGAGAUCCUGGAUGAAGUUAUUCGACCCCGACCCCUGCCUUCCUCCUAACUCCGGCGGCAGGGCAAACCUGUUGCAUUACACAAGCGCACUUCAAAAGACCAAAUUCAAAGACGCCUGCUGAAAGAAUAUGAGAAGCAUGUGAAAGCUCCCGGGAUGCAAAUUUGGCUCUGGGCUUUCCACAGUGGCAUGCCUGUCUGAGGGAGAGAUGCAGUGGGAUCCUUUGGAAGCUUACCGAUGAGGAGAGGAAAGAGACUCCACAUCACACAUCUCUUUGAUCUCGGAGCGGCAUGUCAGCUGACUUUCAGAGUCUGUAAGUUUAUCAGAUAAGGUGCGCCCUGUAGGGGAUCUUUUUUUGUAAUCUUUCUGACGCAUACGCAGCACAGGGCUGCCUCCCCUGCUGGCUGGCUGGCUGGCUGGCCGGCUGGGCUGGCUGGCUGUCUAGCCGGCUGGGAUGGCCGGCUGACUGUCUAGCCGCAGGAACUGCGAUGAGGGGUUGAGAGAGGUCAUUGGCCAGCAUGUGUAAUUAGAGAGGAAUCUGAUUCUUCAUGAAGAGACACA